CACUAAUGCUCUCUUCUAUCACCAGAUCUCUUCAUUCUUCAACUCAGUGAAGCGCAUUCUACUGCAUGAACCCUCAAUACGAGCUUAUACACCCAGAUCCCAAAGUACAUAGACGCAUAUCAUGGAAAGGUGGCUGCUUUUGCCAGUAGCCGCGGCACACUGUGCGAAAGAGGAGAAAGCUUGCGUGGGGUGGGUGUAUGAGCAUUUGGGUGACUGUCUUUGCAACAUUAAAGACGAACUGUCCUUCGGAUUGGGUGUGGUGAGCUUCCUCUUCUGGGGCGUUGCUGAAAUCCCUCAGAUUGUCACCAACUUUCAGACCAAGUCCAGCCAUGGCAUCUCCAUUCUUUUUCUUCUCACUUGGAUUACAGGUGACAUAUUCAACUUAGUAGGCUGUCUUCUUGAGCCUGCAACGUUGCCAACCCAAUUGUAUACUGCUCUGCUCUAUACAGUUACUACUGUGAUACUUGUGCUCCAAAGCUUGUACUAUGAUUAUCUGUACAAUUGCUUGAAACACAAGGAUGUCAUUUCAAGCCAACAGAUUGCUGACGUGAAGAAGCCUCUGAUGCCGCAAAAAUCUGGUGUCUCCGGCAUUGCAAUACCUAAUGGCACUGGCAGAUCAUCAAACAGGGUUGAGUAUUACUACAUGUCUGCAAGAUCAUUGGCAGGUAGUGCAACUCCUCCGUUUAGGAGUAACUUAUGGCCUGUUAGAAGUGGACCUCCGGCUCUGGAUAUUGAAAAUGAUGUCCCUUCAGAUGAUGAAAAUGCUGAGGCAGCAUCCAAGAAUCCAGUUACCCGUGCUAAGGCUAUUCCACGAUCUGCAGGUUAUGGUGCAUUUCUGGCUACCUCAGUUAAUAUACCUCACCAAGCUAAGGCCUUAAUGUCUACAUACGUUGCUUUCGGUGGAAGGAAAUUACUGCAGGGAAAUGGCGCGGAUCACAGUGCUACUGGAGAGUGGUUGGGAUGGAUGAUGGCUGCUAUCUAUAUGAGUGGCAGAAUCCCACAGAUAUGGCUAAACAUAAGAAGAGGAAGCGCGGAGGGAUUGAACCCAUUUAUGUUUAUCUUUGCACUUGUUGCAAAUGCCACUUAUGUGGGAAGCAUUGUUGUGAGAACAACGGAGUGGGAUAAGAUUAAACCCAACUUGCCGUGGUUGUUUGAUGCUGCUGGCUGUGUCAUGCUUGACUCAUUUAUCAUAUCACAAUACAUUUACUACAGGUAUUUCAAAAAGAUGGCCUCUGUGGAAGAGAAAUGAUAUGAAGAUUACACUGAACAAGUGAAACAAAUUGUUGGAAGAGUUUCUGAUGAACAUACAAGUGCACACAGCGAGGUUAGGAAGAGUGUUCGCUGAAGUAGAUGCAAUGCCGAAUAUUUCAACGGUCAAGUUUAAGUGCAUGCUUUAAGUGCGUGGUGGGAAUGCCACAUGAGAUAGGACUCGUUACUGUCUUUAUUAAUAUUCAUGUUGUUAUUUAGUAUUGUCAUUUCCUAAAGUGUAGCUAUUUGUUAGCAGUAGUUAUUUCCCAUUAUUUGUAUUUUGUCAUAUAUAUAUGCAUCAGUUUUAAUAAAAAAGGCAGACUUUGCUUCGGCCAAACUAUUCUUCUGAAGUUCAUCCUCUUCUUUCUGGUGAAUACAUCUCUGAGGAUUCA